UGGUCAUCAACACCGGCGACCGCACUAUUAUGGGUCGCAUCGCGAAUCUGGCCUCAGGUCUGGAAAUGGGCGAAACCCCCAUCGCCAGAGAGAUCGAGCACUUCAUUCACAUCAUCACAGGAGUGGCUGUUUUCUUGGGCGUCACCUUCUUUAUUAUCUCGUUUAUAUUGGGCUACCACUGGUUGGACGCCGUUAUCUUCCUCAUCGGCAUCAUCGUCGCCAACGUUCCCGAAGGACUGUUAGCCACAGUCACCGUAUGUCUGACACUCACUGCCAAACGUAUGGCGAGUAAGAACUGUUUGGUGAAAAACUUGGAGGCCGUGGAGACACUGGGCUCGACGUCUACCAUAUGUUCCGAUAAGACGGGAACUUUGACUCAGAACCGGAUGACUGUCGCCCACAUGUGGUUCGACAAUCACAUCAUCGAAGCCGACACCACCGAAGAUCAAACCGGCGUUCAAUACGACAAGACGUCUACCGGUUGGAAAGCCCUGAGUCGGAGCUGCUGUCUGUGCAGUCGGGCUGAGUUCAAAGCGGGUCAGGACAGUGUGCCCAUCCUUAAGAGGGAGUGCGCGGGCGAUGCCUCGGAGUCGGCUAUACUGAAGUGCAUGGAGAUCGCCAUCGGGAACGUGGAGUCCAUUCGCCGCAAGAAUCUGAAAGUAUGCGAAAUCCCGUUCAACUCGACCAACAAAUAUCACGUAACCAUUCACGAGACGGACGACCUCCAGGACGCCUCCUACCUGUUGUGCAUGAAGGGGGCGCCCGAACGCAUACUCGACCGGUGCUCCACUAUCUUCAUCAACGGUCAGGAGAAGCUAUUGGACGAGGAUAUGCGCGACGCCUUCAACGCCGCCUACCUUGAGUUGGGAGGUCUGGGCGAACGGGUCAUAGGAUUCUGCGACUAUAAGCUGCCGAUCGAUAAGUACCCGCCCGGAUACCCCUUCGACCCGGAUGAGGGCAACUUCCCUUUAGACAGUCUCCGCUUCCUGGGCCUCGUCUCCAUGAUAGACCCGCCCCGAGCGGCCGUUCCCGACGCUGUGGCCAAAUGCCGGAGCGCUGGCAUCAAAGUAAUUAUGGUUACCGGCGACCAUCCCAUCACCGCCAAGGCUAUCGCCAAAGCGGUCGGCAUUAUAUCGGAGGGAACGGAAACUGUCGAGGAUUUGGCGCUCAGACUUAGUAUUCCCGUCGAAGACGUGAACCCACGGGACGCUAAGGCGGCUGUAGUUCACGGACAGGACCUCAAGGAUAUGAAAGACAACCAUUUGGACGAAAUACUCAGAUAUCAUACGGAAAUAGUGUUCGCCCGGACAUCACCGCAACAGAAGCUCUUUAUAGUAGAAGGCUGUCAACGACAGGGAGCUAUAGUAGCCGUCACUGGCGAUGGAGUUAACGAUUCGCCGGCUCUUAAGAAGGCAGACAUCGGCGUCGCGAUGGGUAUCGCCGGGUCUGAUGUCUCCAAACAGGCGGCGGAUAUGAUUCUAUUGGACGACAACUUCGCGUCGAUAGUGACGGGUGUAGAGGAGGGACGGCUUAUAUUUGAUAACUUGAAAAAGUCGAUCGCAUACACACUCACCAGUAAUAUACCGGAGAUAUCGCCGUUUUUAUUCUUCAUUAUCUUCAACGUCCCGCUCCCGUUGGGAACCGUUACUAUUCUGUGCAUCGAUUUGGGCACAGAUAUGGUUCCCGCGAUAUCCCUGGCCUACGAACAGGCAGAGAGCGAUAUAAUGAAACGACAGCCAAGAGAUCCUAAGAAAGAUAAGCUCGUGAACGAGAGAUUGAUAUCGGUUUCCUACNACCAAUGA